GAUGGUCACACUUCUACUCAGGAACGGUGAUUUUGCCCGUGCAAGUGCAAAUGUGUCUAUAAAAUUUCCUGAAAAUAAAUGACAAAACUGAAUCGGAAUGUUAUCAUUACGUGAUCAAGAUAUUUAAAUAAAAGCACCACCGAUUUGUGGCCAUAAUUGGUAAAUGAAAUUAAACCAGUGGUGCAGAAAUUGAAUACAAAAAAAUGGAUCUUCACCGGCCUGUGGAGGGCAAUAAGUCUUACGACUUGAUGACUCCAGAGGAAAAAUUGAGAUAUGACCACCAAAAGAUGCAUGAGUUGCACCGCGGGCACGACUCCAUGCAUAUGAAGAUGGUGCUGAUCCUCAUUGGCACACUGGUGGUCGCCCAGAUCAUUGUGGUGGAGUGGAAGAAGCUACAUUACAGGUCCUAUGCAUUCUUCACGAUGGUGGCAAUGUGGUCCAUACCACUGCUCAUCAGUAUAUACAACCAUUCGUACCGAUUCAUCUUAGUGUGGUCCAUCUUCACCAUGCUGACAUCAUUGGUCAUAUGGAAGUCCACACAGAAGCCCAUGUCAAACACCACACCCAGAAUGGUGUACAAAUGGUUCUACCUAAUAUACAAAGUGAGCUGUUCCUUCAUGAUAUUCGGCUAUGUGGUGAUGGUGCUAACAUUCCUGAGCGUCAACAUGCUGUUCAACCACCGGCCUCAGACGUGGAUGGAUGUGGGCCUCAUGUGCCUGUUCUAUGGUGUGUACUUUGGUGUGCUGGGACGGGAUGUGGCCGAGUACUGCACGGACAAAAUGGCCGCUUCUAUAGGGUAUUACACAAAGGAGGGCAUGCCGACGAGGUACCUGGAGAGCAACGUGUGCGCGGUGUGCGGACACAAACUACUAGUCGACGUUAGUGAAGAAGGCGUAUUAGAGAACACGUACAAGCUGCCCUGUGGACACGUGUUCCACGAGUUCUGCAUCCGCGGCUGGUGCAUCGUCGGCAAGCGCCAGACCUGCCCCUACUGCAAGGAGAAGGUGGACCUCAAGCAGAUGUUCACCAACCCUUGGGACCGGCCCCACUUACUCUACGGGCAACUCCUGGACUGGGUGAGAUGGCUGGUCGCCUGGCAACCGCUUGUGUUGUUCCUAGCGCAGGGCAUCAACUGGUUCUUCGGACUCGAAUAAAGGACCUCGUUACAGAAGACAAAGGCAUAUUCAAAUUACUAUAACGCUUAACUUAUAAUUGAUUUAUGACCACUUUGUCGCUGUCAAAGUUCUGGAACUUUGUGAAGCACUACAUGAAGCAGAAUAAAUAAACUUCACAAAGUUUAUUUAUUAUAUGACAAUUGAUGACCACUUUGUGGCUGACAAAGUUCCGUUAAUUUGUUAACCUAUUCCUGUACCAGUAAAGGUUGAGGCAGCAUUCUAUCUACUUGUUAUGACUGUUUGUUGAUCAAAUUGUAGCUGAUAAAGUUCUAGAACUUUGUAAGCCAUCUCACUAACUAGGUAGCCAGAAGCAAAGACUGAGAUAUUAUCAUUGUUUCCACAUCUUGUGGGUAAUUGAUGACCACUUUCUAACUGACAAAUUUUUAGAACUUUGCUGACUAUUUGCAACAACCAGCAGACCUUCGGAAGGUUUGUAAUAUUUAUGGCCACUUGAUGACCAGUGUAAAACGGACUUUCUAGAAGUUUCUUAACAAUUUCAUGAACUCUUGGUGAACAGCUCAAAUCAAAUGAAUUUGUUGGAUAAUGGUUGACUAGAAAAGUUUGGGUUCUUAAUCAAAAAUGUAUGCAAUUCUGCAUAAUAUGUAUAUACAAACUGUAUACAAAUAAUUUCUUGUUUAAUCUUGAGGCAUGAACCUCCAUUUUGGAGUUUAUAAGGUCUACUUUUCUAAAAAGAAGGAGCUUCUAUAUUCGGCUGUAUGUAUUUUUUUUAUGUAUGUCCGUUGAUAUUUCCGUCAAUUGCACACCGAAUUUUUUUUUUUUAAUGAUUUUGGAAGUUGGGGUUUUUUUUUAAUUGAUGUAUUAUUUUACUGCUCAGUUUAAUAGUUUUAAGACAAUUGGGGUCAGAGUGCUAAAUUGAUAUUGUUUGCCUACUUAAGAAAGUGUAAACAGUUAUUGGCCAUAUCUUUUAAAUAUGACUAAUAUUUCCAUUUCCCUCCUGGUCAGAAAAUAAUGUGGGCACGAAUAGUCCCAUAGCCGAGGAUCGAACCACGACCUCUCGGUAAUAACUCCGACAUCUUUAUCAAUGAGCUAUUGAAGCUUUUGGCCUGUCAUCUUAACAUAAAAGCGUAAUGGACUCCAGCAAGCUAAUUCACUAUCGUUGACGUAUGCUAGCUUGUCAAAUUCGUUCAUAACAUUCCCGAUGGUCCGCGCGGGCAGGGAGGGGGUACCGAUGCCCCGCGCGCACUACUUCAUACCCGCGCAGUCCUGGGAUGGGAAUGUCGUCAACAAACUUGCCAAGCUGUAGUUGACAUAUACGAAAUUGAGAUUCUAUGUAACAAAUGUCAUCCGGUGCCUAUUGGUGGAUAUCAUACAGUAGGUACAUGACAUUUUGUCAAUUGAUUUGAUGUAUAUUUUAAUAGGUGAUAAUAAAUACCAAAAUAGUGAAUAUGCUAGCAGAAUAGGUUGACUGUAGAGUUUUCGAUGUAAAAUGUAAAUAUUUGUUUGAAUUAUUUUUAAUAGUUCCUCGCUUCAGAUUUUUGUUAUUUUUUUGUGUAUUUGUUAUUGUUAUCAAUUUUUUAUUUUUAUUUCAAAGAUACGAAAAGCUGAUAGAUGAAUUUAUGAAAUUUUAUGAUAACAGGAAAUGAAUCGGUUUUCAGCAGGGUAAUUAUGAAAUUAUGUAAUAGGGAAUAUGCAUGUUAUGCCAAUUAAGGCAAUACGGCAAAGUACAACUGCACUGAGUACCGAUUCCCAAAGUGUGUCGACCCUUCAAGGUCCAGUUACCCAGACAAAGAAUGGGGGUUCACAAUUCGUAAGAGUUAUUUAAGUAAAGGAGUUGGUUUCUUGCAAUGUAAAAAAGUAAAGGUUAUUUUCAUAAUUUUUUUUUGAUGUAAAAUGUAAAGUAGGCCACUUUACUCUUUUUAGAUCCACUUACACAAUCGAUUAAUUAAUUCUAAUAAUAAAAAUUAAUAUAGGAAACUAAUAGUUUCGGUGAUUUGGUUGGAACUCGGCCCCAAUUCAAAUUUUUAUAAUUAGUUAUAAUUUGCACAUAUUUUUUCGAUUUUAAAGGAAAUCAUAGAAAUUUAAUUGCAAGGGGUCCACCGAAACCAGCUAGAUUUCAAAAGUGGUCAAUGAGAAAAAAAAGUUUGGGAACCUCUGGUGUUAAGUCCCUGCCUGUACCGUGGAGUUAUGGAGGGUUACUUUUAUUAAAGUUGCUUUUGUUUUGCAUCUAAAUAUUAAAUUGUCAUAAUAACUUGAGGAACGUCAAACGCAUUUCUUAGAUACGAGUACAAAAAUGCCUAUCAUUACGAACUUGUAUUGUAGAAGAAUUUUUUCCUUUUUUACCCAUAGUGCUUGGGUGCUUUUUUACCCUAUGUAAAAACCUUAUGAGCGCCACUGAUAAAAACUAGCCUUUGUCUCUAGUUUUCCUGUUUUAUCAUUUCCAAUCAAGCAUAGGUCAUUUUUGUAAGUACAAUCUUUUUCACGCCACGGAAGUAGAACCUUUAGCGAUAUUCUGUGACGAUGUUUUUACAACUCGACAGACGUAUUCCGUAUUCGUAUCUAUCUCUCUCCAUCUAACACUAUACUUCAGAUAGAGAGAGAUAGAUACUUUGAAAUUAAAGACUUAUGAAAUAUUGUUGCAGAAUAGCACAGAAAUGUUUGAUUCUAACUACCUUGUUGCUCCAAUGUGGUUAGACACAAAUAUUUUUCCACAUAACCCUUCUUGCACUAUGGUAAAACCAUUGACCUCUUUUAAUAAAAGGACGCGCACAAUCAUGUAGAAAAUUUCACUUAAAAACUGGCCAAUUUUGCUUUGAUAGUUUUAGAAUUAUUGGAAUUAUACUUAAAGGCAUUUAAAUAUUCAAUAAAAUCCCAAAUUCAGAGCAAAUUCAACCUUAAGGCUUGAGUUUAAGGUUGAAUUUGCAAAUGCGACUACUUGUAUUGAGCGCCAAGAAGUAGUGUUUGGCACUCAUUGAGUGGAGACGUUUUUUGGUCGCUGAUUGUGCAUCCACUUUUUAAUAGGAAAUCAAUGGUAGAGACAAAUACGUCACACUGUGAAGUUGAAUAAAUAAUUGCAGAAUACCGCUACAGGUUCAGGCUGUAAAAUCUGUAAUUUUUUAACUUUCGUGGCAAGUAAUGUAUAAGUUAGAAAGUAUUAUAAUUAUUUAAAAUAUUAUAAUUAUUAUCUAUUAAUAUACCUACGUAUAAGUGUCGUGUGUUUGUAUGUGUUGAAUCGAUUUCUAUUAUUAUGUAUUUUGUACAGAAUAAACUUGAUUCAAUAUUUUCGUUA